GCCAGAGGUCUGUGUAGCAGCAGACGCUACUGGAACUACGUAACGCCACAUACACGACAAGCGAGGGAGACCUCAGGAUCUUAAACCAAACGAGACUCCUGCCAGGAUGUGCUGCUGCAUCACCGACUGGCGGCUGACUACUCUCGUCAUUGCAGCCCUCAGUUUGCUGGGGAAUGUCAGUGUCCUCGCAUUCAUAGUGGAGCGGGACAUGAGGAUGACGAAUGCGGUUUUGCUGAACUUCUUCAAAAAUAAUGGAUCAGCCCCAGUGGUGAUGCUGGCUUUGAUGUUGGUGGUGUCCAAUGCGGCUAUUCUCCUGGACAUUGUACUCUUCGUUGGCGCUUUCAGACCCUGCCGAGAUCUGGUGCAGUGCUGGUUGCAUGGCCACGUCGUGGUGACCGGGGCCUACCUGGUCUACUUCUGGCUGGUGCUGACAGACCUGUUCUUCACUGGCUCCGUUCGGACCGGCUACUUCGUUCUGGCUGCAAACAUUCUCGGCAUAGCCCUUACCGUGUGUUUCUGGAUGAUGGUGCGUAGCUACCACCUCGAGUUGCAGCAGAACUUCUUCAGGACAGUGUCUGGGAGUUGUCGUCCAUUGAUUACCAACAGUUGCGUCCCAGCACCAUCGCAGCCGAGUGAUCCGUGUGACACUGAGAAGCUCUUGCCAGGGACACUUCAUUCUCCCCAACCAUGUACCAGCAAUAUCUAGACCCGACGUACAUUUGCCACAGCUCCCGAUUUCAGAUUAUCUUCCGCUGACAAUCGUUCACAGUCUCACAUCCGACAUAUACUGUACGAUCCAUUGGAUUAACUUACAGGCUGAUAGCUGGCCACCUGGUAUACGCUACAUGCUCAAAGAGUCGAGAGUUAAGUGUGCACUGAAAAUUAAAUAGAACGUGGACUUGCAGAUUAAACUGGGGAGGGCAGUGGUGGUCAUAGCAGUUGAAGCAGCAGCUAUAGUGAAUGCUUCUACCUAACUCUUGGUAAAACGCUAUCUGUAUAUUGGAGUACUUACAUAUAAAUGUUACAUAUCCUGUUCAUCCGUACGCGCAGUUUCGUGCCUUACGCAGUGAUCUAUGAGUUUCCAUGUGCUUGUUGACACCUUGUGGAGCAUCUCAGGAGCUAUACUUGGGAAGGAUUCCUGGAGAUUUGUGUGCAAUACUUCACUAAUCUUGUACUGACGUUGAGCCAAAAAGGAAAUGAUUCUUCCCCGAUAAUGACCUGUCUGGCGUGGUAAGGUCUGGGCUUGAAGGUGCCCAUUUCAGUGGGGCUGGAGAUGUUGCUGUACCACAUCUACUACAGUAGGCCCGAAGUUGUUUCUCGAUGAACUCACGCAUCUGAAUAUCAAAGUUUGUUGGAGCUCUGUCUUGCUGUAAACACGUGUGAUCCGUGAUCCUCUUGACUUCGAGCUGAGCAGGGAUACUAAUAAAACAACUAUUUAUUUCUUCCCUUCUGCGGGGGCAAGAGAGUUACGGCGACUUCUCCAAAAGCCAUAGAAAUCAGGCAACACGGCGAGUAUGUGGCGCCAGAGAAAGAACUGUGACUGUCUUACAGAUGGGCCCUACCACGCCACUAAAGACGUCAACCUCCAACUUAUUUUUAUCGAAGCAUAACCACAGACAUAACAGGAAACUUUGAAUACCGUCUCCGAUCAUCAGGAAACUAGUUCGCCCAAAACACUGCUAGCGAAAUUGUCACUGCACCAAAUAGUGAGAUGUUUUGGGGAUGUUUGGCAAGGUCAGUUUGUGAUACCAUACGGAAAUAUUUAGAUUAUACUAACGAUCCAUUUUUUCAACUUUGGCGAAAAUCUUCUGCUCCUCAGACAUUCAAAUCUGAAUGCAUGUUCCAGAAAACCUUGAGCUGAAGUACUAUGGUAAAUAUACUUAAUUUGUCCUCAAAUUAGGAACCAAUAAAUGCUUUAAUCUUCUUCUUUUAGUAUAGCAAUGUUAAAAACGUAUAGUGAGUGAAAAGUUAGCUUUGAACCAAAUACAGCUCAGUCACAAUCAAAAUAACUUCAUUCUAGUCUUCACGUUUCGAAGACCCUUAUCCCACCAUAAGGUCACAUCCUAAGCUACACGAUACUUCUUUUAAAAACUAUGGACUCUGAUGUUUCAUUUCCUUUCUCACAUAAUUACAUUUGCCGUGAUGAUCGUACUGUGGUCCAAAAAUUGUAGGGUGCAGUAUAGUUAUUUUACUUGAGCUGAAAGAUAAUUUGCUCGGCUGCAAGGAAAAAUACAAUGUGUACUUGAAAAAUGACAGCAUCAACACAGAGAUUAUUAGAUAGGAUGUUUUGUACUCCCUGAAGUAAUCCUUGUUACAAAAACUCGGCCCUUAAGUCAACUUGGGAACGAGAAACGUUUCAACCUAAAGACAUGGUGUGAAAGCUUGUCCCUCCCUAUGUUGCCAAUUAUAAAAAGAUUUCAAUGCAACAGUGCAACAAACAUUGACAUGUUCCAUCUACCAAUUAGAUGUCUCUCCACAAUCUUUCAUUACGUCACACACACGCGACUAAGACUGAAUGUUUUACGUUUUAAGGUACCGAAUUUUAUAGCUAACAGAGUCGCAAAUAGUUAUGAAAAGCCAUUAAAGUUUUCUACAGCUUGCCUUGUCCCAGUGGGCUUUAAUCCAAAUAACAGAAGAAAUUAGAUUUAGUAAUUAAUCGUGCUAUCAGGCAGUAAGUUCAUACCAUGAAGAACGGCAGCACAGGGACCUCUGGAGACGCAGUGAAUCAGGGUUUCCACGAAUUUCCAGACGCACCAGAGCUGUCGCACCUUUCGUCCAAUAGAUUGGGCUUUUCUUGUCUUAUCAGCAGUAGAUUGCGUAAGACGUAUAAUUCGAUAAUUUCCUGAAUGUUAUCACCAAAUUUCUUUAGCACACUCUAUAAACAGUACAGAAGUUACUUAAGGUGGGAAAUUUCCCGAUAAUGAUCUGACAAUCAAACAAGAGUGCACAAUAUACACUUUACAGGGCAGCUUACGGCAACAUAUAUAUUAACAUAUUUUGAAAGUUCCUGCAGAUGUACGCAGGAGCACAGAAUCAUAUGAAAGUGGAACGUGGACUACAUGAAAUCUGCAGAAGGAACUGGAGGUAUUGUAAAUUUUGCACAAUCUAAGAAUUGUGAUACAAUAAAAAAACGGCGAGGGAAGAAGUUCUUUAUCUAUUUGAAUGAUCUCCACUUAAUAUUCUUAAGCAGAACCGGUGACUUUUGCAGACAGUUCCCCUUUUGAGAGAGAGAGAGAGAGAAAGUGAUAGAAGAAACUGUUAAAGGUUUGUCAUUAAGUGGUUCUUUGAAAAUGAGUGUCUCAAAAUUUUUGAGAAGACACACUAUAUUCAGUUAUUUACAACAUACUGUCACGUCAAUAAUUAAUCCAGAACAAGAACAGGACUUAGUAAAAGGGCUAGAAUGCUCCAAAUUUCUGGAUGUACAUAUUGAUGAAAACUUUAAUUCGAAGGAAGGUAUUACUGAGCUGCUCAAACAAAUAAGUUCAAAUACUUUUCCUCUGUAUUAUUGCUAGUCCUCAAAACAAACGCAUUAACCUCCCAAUGUUCUGUCUGAUUCCGUUCAGUCAGUUAUUGGGAAUAAUUUUCUGGUGUAACUCAUCAAAUAGCAGAAAGAAUAACAUGUGGCGUUCACACAGUCAUAUUGUGGGUAAGUCUUCAAGGAUUUUGGCAUUUUAACUGGACUUCCUCAAUUCACACUCACACAGUUAAAAAAAACCAAUUGAUUUCAUGAAAUAGCAGAAUACCUAAAAUAAACAGGGAUCAGUAUUAAAAUGAUAAAUGAAAGAGACAAAUUCAAAAGUAACAUUAUGAACACGAAAUUUGAAGUAAAAAAUAGAAGGAAACAGCAAAGUGUGGACGGUCCAAAGGAAGUACAAACACAACCAAAGAAUGAAGAAGUGCUUUUGGGAAAAGAAAAAGAAGAAAGAAACUAGAAAAAAAUGAAUAAUCAUGUAACAUUCAUGUUAACCACUGUCCUGGAGCGAAAAACGUAAAGCUAUAUAUACAGAGUGCUCAAAAAUGACUCGAAUACUUUGAGAUGUGGCAGUACUCACCGAAACAAGAAAUGUAAGUCCAAUAAACAUAGGUCUGGAAAUGCAUACUUUAUGCGAUAAACACGUGUUUACAGGAGGUGUUCAACGUGGCUUCCAUUUAUGACAGUUCACCCUUCUGCCUUCUGGUGUAAGGUAUGACACGACCUUUGAAGUAUACCCGAUUCUUAUUGUACCUGCUGGCAUGCAUUGAAGAUGCGACCCUGUACUGUCCGCACAUCGUUGCUUGGCGUGGCAUAGACCAUUUCUUUCAAGUGUCCCCAUAACCUAGUCUAGGUGUGAGGGCCCCCUCCACCAAUCUAGUGGUCUUGAAAUGUCUGCACCAGAUGUUCGUACACAUUGUGACGAAAGACUGCUGGUGCGCCAUCUUGUAUGAAGACAUAUGUACUCCUUGCAGCAGUGGUACAGACUCCAGCAAAGUAGGUAAUACAUUAAUGAGAAAGUCCAGAUAAUGUGAUCAUGUGGUAGCACGUAUGGCCCUUUUAAUCUAUCGCCAAGUAUGCCUGGCCAUACGACGAUUCAGAAUUGGUUUGACGCCCUCUUUCUUGGUUUACAUCUGCAGACUGGGUGGGAUCUUCUACUAUCAGUCCUCCAAGGUACCUGUGUUCCUGAGAUGCUGAAAAGUCUGUCGAACAGCUUAUUACAGGGCACUUUGGUGUGAGAAUAUUUUUCAGCAUAGAGGUCAUGGGCUUGCAGGCUACGUCAAUUUGCUAAAGCAUAGCAGAAUACCACAUUCCCCUUUUCACUUCCAUUGCUAACAAGUGGUGGAAGAGAGAAAGUGUAAAUGUACUACACCAUUUGCCCGUACAGAAAGCUCAAUAACAGUUAACACAUAAAUGAAUCCUUUUGGAAGAAGUUAUAACACCAUGAUACAUACCCAGGGCUGACAGAACCGUACAAUAAGGCACACAAACAUGACAGAAAAUAAUGUAGCCUGAAACAUAUUCGUAUUUAUUAGUAGAUUUUGAAGUAAACUAAUGCACAGUCAUAUUCAGAGUAAAAAUUCAAGAUUAUAAAACUCAGUAUUAUUAAGCAACCUCAUUCCUUUUCAUUUCAGUUUAACACAUCCACCUUCAAAAACUGAAAAUUGUAACCACUAGUUAAUUCAUAAUAUCCGUUUGGUAAAAUAAUUUUAAAUUCGUUAUCAAGCUCCAUUCAUAUAUUUUCUACAUGUGUAGUAUUCAAAUAUUCACAACCUGUAAAGUAAUAUGAUCCAUUGACUUAUAACUCACUAACCUUUCUAAAAUAAUUAGAACUGCUUGCAUUACUGAGCUUCCUCAAAAAGGAUUCCACUUACAUAGAUUAAAAAUUUAAUAACUCUAUAGAUUUUUAAUCUUGUCAAUAUGACUAAUGUGUGGGAUGAAUUAAAUUUUGACUUUUUCGUUGAAAGAAAUAAUAAAUUAAGAGGGGAACAAGUUGAAUAUAAUAUCUGCAAAGAAUAUUUUAAACCAUCUUUAACUAUAGAAUAUUUGAGAAAUGAGGAUCAUACUUACUGUAUGGAUGUCUUAAAGCUUAUGUAUAGAGAUGCAGAACACAAAAUAAGAUUUGUUAGUCAUGAGGAAACUGAUAUAGAAACAUGGAAAGAAAUAUAAAAGUCAGAUUAUCUCCUUUUUAUGACUGCAAAAAAAUAGCAAAUUACAAUUUGCUAAUGAAUAACUUACCAAAACUAUUACAAAAUUGCAUUAAAAGCUAUUCAUUAUUUUUAAAAGUUUGUCAUUCAAUAAGUAGAGCUUUUGAAGAAAGAGAAUAUAAUAAAAAUCUACUAGUAAAUUUAUUUCAUUUGCAUAAGAAAUGUGCCAUGGAUUUUAUGUUUACCUUAGAAAAGAGAAGAGCUUUUUCAAUAUCCAGAGUCUCCAUUUAUAAGGAAAAUUUUUUAUUUAUGUUUUCCUUAUUAAAUUAGAUAUUUUAUAAAUUGACUCAGAAAACAACAAAAAUUCUACAGGGGUUUAUACUGUUGAAAAAAUAGCAUAAAUGAUAUAUAGUACACAUGAAUUAAGGUGUUUAUUUUUUAAAGAAUAUAAUGAUUAUGAAUGUGGGAUCUGUACAGAAGAUGAUAAUGAUGAAUAAUGUCCAUAUUGUAAAGUAUUUAUUUUACUUUUCAAUACAUAUGUUUUUUCAUCGUGACAACUCAUUGCUUUUUUGUCUAC